UCAAGCGAUGUAACAAUGUGGGGAUUUAGACUAACGGACAAAGACAGCAAAGAGCCGAGUGUCAAAGAGAGUGAGGCUCCUACCUCCAAAUCUUCCAUACCAGAAGGAUUUGGUACAGUUUCUGAAGCCGAGGAGCCUCAAGUUGCACCCAGUUCUGAACAAGUAGAAGAGAAAAAGGAACUGGAUGAUGUACCCGCUAUUGCUGAGACAAAAGAACCUGAAGUGGUAUCGGAAGUGACGCUAGAAUUAGAAAAGACAAAAGACGCUGAAGUUCUGCACAUAACAGAUGAACCCAAGGAUACAGUAGUGGCACCUGCAGAAAUAACACCUGUCUUAACAGAACCUGCGCUUGAAGUAACCCCAGCUUUAAAAGAGCCUGUGCUAGAUGUAACACCUGCUGUAGGAGAACCUGACCUAGAAUCUAAACCUGCUGAAACAGAGCCUGAGCUAGAAGUGAAACCUGCUGAAACAGUGGCUGAGCCAGAAGUAAAACCUGCUGAAACAGUGGCUGAGCCAGAAGUAACACCUGCUGAAACAGUGGCUGAGCCAGAAGUAACACCUGCUGAAACAGUGGCUGAGCCAGAAGUAACACCUGCUGAAACAGUGGCUGUAACACCUGCUGAAACAGUGGCUGAGCCAGAAGUAACACCUGCUGAAACAGUGCUGAACCACAAAGUAACACCUGCUGAAACAGUGGCGGAGCCAGAAGUAAAACCUGCUGAAACAGUGGCUGAGCCAGAAGUAACACCUGCUGAAACAGUGGCUGAGCCAGAAGUAACACCUGCUGAAACAGUGGCUGAGCCAGAAGUAAAACCUGCUGAAACAGUGGCUGAGCCAGAAGUAAAACCUGCUGAAACAGUGGCUGAGCCAGAAGUAACACCUGCUGAAACAGUGGCUGAGCCAGAAGUAACACCUGCUGAAACAGUGGCUGAGCCAGAAGUAACACCUGCUGAAACAGUGGCUGAGCCAGAAGUAAAAGCUGAAGUGAAGGAGGCUGAGAUGGCACCGAGUGAUGAUAGUAUACGGAAAGUAGGUUUGGUGAAUAAAAUUAUCCAAUACUUUUCCAAGGAGAAAGAACCUAUAAAGGAGAUUGUAGUUGAGGGCGGAGAAAAAAUUGAGGAAAAGAUUGCAGAAGCAGUCAGUGAGUCAGCAGUAUUUGUUGAGAAAGAAGCAGAUAAAGUGAUUAAAGAAGCAGAGGUAGUUGAAGAGAUCAGUGAAAAGGUGGAAUCUGCAGUACAGAUUGUGGAAGAAGCUGCAGAUGCUGCUGCCACAGCUGCUCAUGAUACUCCUGGUAUUCCUGAAUCUGUUGCAGAGAAAGCUGAAGAGACAAAGACAAUAGCUGAAACAGUGGAAGAGGUCGUUGGUACGGUAGAGUUUGUUGCAGAGAAGGUUGAAGAAAUAGCUGAGGAGAUCAAAAAGGAAGCAGAGGUUAUUGAAAGUAAAGCAGUUGAACUGAUAGAGAGCAAAGAAAAGAGGGAAGAACUCAUAGAAAAAGCUAUUGAUUAUGUGACUGGUAAGAUACAUGAGGAACUGGAGAGUUCAGAAGUCAUUAAACCAGAAGCAGCACUUGUAGAAGAACCUGUGGCAGUUGCAGAAGUUAAGGAACCUGAAGUGGCAUCUGCUGAAGAAGGAAAGCAAGAAGAAGCAAGGGAGCUGGAAAUGCCAGAGGGAAGUGAAAUUCAAGAAAAACUUCCUGCUGUAUCUGAAGAAAGAGAGGCAGUAGUGGAACCAGUUGAAGAAAUGAAAGAGGAUAAAAUAACCACAGAGAAGAGUGCUGAAAAGAUUGGCUUGGUUAAUAAACUAAUCCAGAUCUUCUCCAGUGAGGACGAAAAACAUGCUGAUGAAAAGGAGCCGAUACAGCCAGUGGUAAAGGAAGCUGUUCCUGAAGUUGGCGACAAAGUGGAAGAAGAAGUAUCCCAAGAUGUGGAAAAGGAAGCAGCAGAUACUGUGAAAGAAGGGAGCAUAGAGGAACCUGCAGUGGCAGCAGCCGUUGAAGUUGCACCACCUGAAAUGCUUGUAACAGAAGAACAGCAGCCACAGUCAGUACCUACUUCAGAAGAAAAAGAAACAACAUUGAUUCAUGCUGAAAAAACACAAAAAGAGAGAGUAGGUUUAGUUGAUAAAAUAGUGCAGUUCUUCUCCAGUGAGGAAGAAAAACCUGAGCCUGUAAAGGAGGUUGUAGAAACACUGGUAAAGGAAGCUGUUGUUGAGGGUGGAGAAAAAGUUGAGGAAAUAAUUGCAGAGGCUGUUAGUGAUGUAGCAAAAGAAGCUGAGAAAGAAGCAGAUGAAGUAUUAAAGGUGACUGAAGUAGUUGAAAAGGUAAGUGAAAAGGUGGAAUCAGUUGUAGAUGUUAUAGAGGAAGCUGCAAGUGCUGCUGCCACAGCUGCUCAUGAUACUCCUGGUAUUCCUGAAUCUGUUGCAGAGAAAGCUGAAGAGACAAAGACAAUAGCUGAAACAGUGGAAGAGGUUGUUGGUACGGUAGAGUUUGUUGCAGAGAAGGUUGAAGAAAUAGCAGAGGAGAUUAAAAAGGAAGCAGAGGCUAUUGAAAGUAAAGCAGUUGAACUGAUAGAGAGCAAAGAAAAGAGGGAAGAACUCAUAGAAAAAGCUAUUGAUUAUGUGAUUGGACAAACACCUGAAGAACUUAAAGAAACAGAGGCCAAAGAAUCACAACCAGUAGAAGAGGAAGUAAAACAAAUUGAAGAAGUAAAGGCAAAAGAAGAGGCACCAGUUGCAGAAGUGAAGGAGGCUGAAGCUGUUGCAGACAAAAGUAUUGAGAAGAUAGGAUUGGUUGGUAAACUUAUCCAGUUGUUUACUAAUGAAGAGAAGACACCAGAAUCAGUAGAACCAGUGGUAAAAGAUGCUAUAGUUGAAGGUGGUGAAAAAGUGGAGGAAAAAGUUGCAGAAGUGGUGAGUGAAGUAGCCCAAGAUGUAGAGAAAGAUACAGCAGAUAUAUCUAAAGUUGCACAAGUUGUAGAUGAUGUUAGUACAAAGGUUGAAUCAGUUGUAGAAGUUGUUGAAGAAGUUGCUGGUGCUGCUGCCACAGCUGCUCAUGAUACUCCUGGCAUUCCUGAAUCUGUUGCAGAAAAGGCUGAAGAGACAAAGACAAUAGCUGAGAAGGUGGAAGACAUCGUUGGCACAGUAGAGCUUGUAGCAGAGAAGGUUGAGGAAAUAGCAGAGGAGAUUAAAAAGGAAGCAGAGGCUAUUGAAAGUAAAGCAGUUGAACUGAUAGAGAGCAAAGAAAAGAGAGAAGAACUCAUAGAAAAGGCUAUUGAUUAUGUGAUUGGACAAACACCUGAAGAACUUAAGGAAACAGAGGCCAAAGAAUCCCAACCAACACCCUUAGAAGAGGAAGUAAAACAAGUUGAAGAAGUAAAGGCAAAAGAAGAGGCACCAGCUGCAGAAGUGAAGGAGGCUGGUGGAGCCGUUGCCGACGAAAGUAUUGAGAAGAUAGGAUUGGUUGGUAAACUUAUCCAAUUGUUUAGUAAUGAAGAGAAGACACCAGAGUCAAUAGAACCAGUGGUAAAAGAUGCUGUAGUUGAAGUAGAAAAAGUGGAGGAAAAAGUUGCAGAAGCGGUGAGUGAAGGAGCCCAGAGUGUGGAGAAAGAUGCAGCAGAUAUAUCUAAUGUUGCACAGGCUGUAGAUGAUGUUAGUACGAAGGUUGAAUCGGCAGUAGAAGCUACUGAAGAGGGAAAGGCAAAAGAAGAGGCACCAGUUGCAGAAGUGAAGGAGGCUGAAGCUGUUGCAGAUGAAAGUAUUGAGAAGAUAGGAUUGGUUGGUAAACUUUUCCAAUUGUUCACUAAUGAAGAGAAGACACCAGAGUCAGUAGAACCAGUGGUAAAAGAUGCUAUAGUUGAAGGUGAGGAAAAAGUUGCAGAAGUGGUGAGUGAAGUAGCCCAGAGUGUGGAGAAAGAUGCAGCAGAUAUAUCUAAUGUUGCACAGGCUGUAGAUGAUGUUAGUACGAAGGUUGAAUCGGCAGUAGAAGCUGUUGAAGAAGUAAAGGUGAAAGAAGAGGCACCAGCUGCAGAAGUGAAGGAGGUUGAAGCUGUUGCAGAUGAAAGUAUUGAGAAGACAGGAUUGGUUGGUAAACUUAUCCAGUUGUUUACUAAUGAAGAGAAGACACCAGAGUCAGUAGAACCAGUGGUAAAAGAUGCUGUAGUUGAAGGUGGAGAAAAGGUGGAGGAAAAAGCUGCAGAAGUGGUGAGUGAAGUAGCCCAAGAUGUAGAGAAAGAUACAGCAGAUAUACCUAAAGAAGCAGAAGAUAUAGUUGAUGUUAGUACAAAGGUUGAAUCGGCAGUAGAAGCUGUUGAAGAAGUAAAGGUGAAAGAAGAGGCACCAGCUGCAGGAGUGAAGGAGGCUGAAGCUGUUGCGGAUAAAAGUAUUGAGAAGAUAGGAUUGGUUGGUAAAGUUAUCCAGUUCUUCUCAAGUGAGGAAGAAAAGUCUGGAAAAGAUGUAGGAAUUAAAGAUGAAUUGGCAGAAACAGUUGAGAAAGCAGCAGAUGAAGUAAUUGCUGCAACUGGAGUAGUUGAAGAGAUUAGUAAAAAGGUGGAAUCAGCUGUAGAUGUUGUAGAAGAAGCUGCAGGUGCUGCUGCCACAGCUGCUCAUGAUACACCGGGUAUUCCUGAAUCUGUUGCAGAGAAGGCUGAAGAGGCAAAGGAAAUAGCUGAGAAGGUGAAAGAGGUCAUUGCCACUGUGGAAUCUGUUGCAGAAAAGGUUGAGGAAGUAGCAGAAGAAACUAAAAAGGAAGCAGAGAUCAUAGAAGUUAAGGCUGACACAUCUCAGGCAGAAUCUGGUUUGAUAGGUCAGCUGGUUAGCAUCUUCUCUAAAAAAGAAACUAAAGAAGAUGUCUCACCUGUUCCUGAAGCUGCAGUAGAGUCACAGGAACCAGAUACAGGUGUUAAGCUUGAAGUAACGGAAAAGUCAGAUUCAGAAGGAGCCAAGGAUACUUCCAUUGACAUUGUAAAUAUUGAUGAAACCGUUUCUACCUCAUUGAAACCUUCAGAAACCAUUGAUGAUUCUACGCCUGUGGUUGAUGAGCACUUGUCAUCUGAAUCGGCAAAGAAAGAAACUUUAGUGGAGAAAAUUGCAAGUUUGUUUGGUGAGAAAAAAAACGACAGUAAGCAGACUGCUGGUGUUACUUCAGAUAGUAGUAAGGAAAUUCAUGCAUCUGACUCUCCAACAGAGGCUGUUCCAGAACCGGUAGCAGUUGGUGAUUCCUCACCCGAAGGAGCGACAUCAGUGUCAGGACCUUCUGAUGAGUCCCAGGUACAGUCCCCCUCUGUUAGAAUAAGCCAGGGUACAGUUCAAGGGGUGGAAGGUAGCAUUUCAGGUUUGUCAACACCAGAAGUUCUUCAUGCACCAAGAGAAGAUUCGCCAUCUUUUAGUGAGAAAACAACAGAACCAGUUUUGGAAGUGAAGGACAAAGGUCUCUUCGAUCGCCUGGCAGAAUUGAUAAGUAGCGAUGAAAAGCAGAACAUUGUGGCCUCUUCUGGUGCUGUUUCUCAGCAACCAAUAGAAGAAGCACACCAACAACCAUUGCCUGAAAAAACUGAGAGUGAAGUUUCUGGUUCGGAUAAAGCUGCUACAGAGGAAAAAAAGCCUUCAUUCCUGAAUAAGAUUACAACAAUGCUGAAAAGUAAAGGUUCUCCUGAAAUUACCAGUACUGAAAAAGAAUCAACUCAGGGUAGUGAAAACUCAAAAGAAAAUGCUAGAGAUGAUGAUGUAUUUGUUGUAGUAGGGAAACCAAGCCAUCCAGUUGAUGUUGACUCCGCAGAGAGCUCCCAGCAAAGCAAGACUCCAGAGAGCUCCCCUCAGCGAGGCUGGUUAAGGACCGGAGCUGAGGUGAAGCAAGAAGGCAAGGACGUCAUCGUUCAGCUGACACCAACUCCUGUAGAAAAGGAUUAUGGGCAGAGUAACCCCGAAGAUGCUGACAUGUACACCACUAGGAGCUAGAUAAAGAGCGCUGCUAUAAUGGGGUGGAUGGGAUGGAGUCAAUGCGUGCUGCCCAGUGAAGAUCUGCGUCUUGAAAGAUAACUAUAGUAGGGUAUAUGCAAAGGGAAACGUGCUAUUGUUAGGAAUCUUUGUAAGAGUAAGGGCUUAUAAUUACUAUAAUCAUAAUUAAAUAUUUGUAUUAUAUAUUAGCUUUUGAGAAGAAAUGUAUGGGCAAUUUAGUAUUUGGUUUUCAAAUCUUUACUAUUAGGCAAUUUAUAUAUCCACUGAGAUUUAAUUGGGAAUUUGAGAAAUGACUUUGUGCUCAUAAGAUUUAUGUGCUUAUAUCUUUAAUAAUCUUCAUUGCAAACAAGCAGUAUGUUUAGAGGGCAAUUUAAGCUAAGGAAACUGACUUUUUCUCUGUAAUCUCACUGUUCAUUUGACAAAGCUUGAUAUGAAUUUUAAACCACAACGUAACAUGGGUCAGCCCUAUUAUUAAUUUACUUGUAUUCUUUAAAUAAUUCACUUUAAUCAUAAGAAGAAUAUAAGGUCAGAAAUGAUGGGUAGGUGACAUGCAGCUCCUUGGGAAAUGAUGUUUGUGUAUAUACCUUUUCUCAAUAAAGAAUAUUGGAUGUAUAUUUAAAA